AUGGAGCACCUAAGGGUGGUCUUCCUCGGCCCGGUGGCCUCCUUUUCGCAUCAGGCCGCAACAGAGUCCUUCGACAAGACUUCAGCCACCCUGGUGCCCCACGCCUCGUUUGCCGAGGCAUUUGCAUCCGUGCAGCAGCAAGAGGCCGACUACGCAGUGAUUCCCUUUGAGAACUCGACCAACGGGUCGGUCGUUCAAACAUUGGAUCUUCUGGCGGACCGCAAUGGCAUGUACAACGAUGUGAAAGUGUGCGGCGAGUACUAUCUAACCGUGCACCACUGUCUGCUGGUCCGCAAAGGAUCUUUCCCGUCCGGCUGGGCUGGCUAUGACGGGUCAAUCACCAAGCUCUACACGCACCCGCAGGCAUGGGGACAGUGCGAUACUUUCCUCUCUCGGCACUUCAAGGGCGUAGAGAGACAAGACGUGUCGUCCACGUCAAAAGCUGCCGAGAUUGUCGCCAAGGAGCCUUCGGAACCCUGCGGCGCAAUCGCCAGUCGGUUCGCGGCAGAGCACCACGGCGUGGAUGUGCUCCACGAGAACAUCGAGGACCGAGCAGACAACACUACCCGCUUCCUGAUAUUACGAAAUGUGCUCUCUGAAAACACGGCCCAGCUGGUGUUUGAGCAGCCGCAUCCGCCCAUCCCACAAGCUCAGUCCAUCCUGGCCACCACCCACAAGACCUUGAUCUCAUUCACAAUUGACCAUUCUUCCACGGGUGCAUUGGCCAACGCACUACUCAUCUUCAAGGCCCAUGGUCUGAAUCUCACCAGCAUCAACACUAGACCAAGUUUGAAGCGGGCCUGGCAAUAUAUAUUCUUUGUCGAAUGCGGGCGUGCCCCCUCGGAUGAAAAUAAAGAUGCAGUUGUCAAGGCUAUUAGGGAUCUUCGAGAGGUCACUGAAGCAUGCAGAGACCUGGGCACUUGGAAAGACCAGCUGAGCACAAGAACAACUUGA